CUACGAAACAUCCGGUUAUAAAAACAGGCACACGUACAAACCCAUAAAAAAAAAAAAGCAGAGGAAAUGGAGAAGAAGAGUAUAGUAAGAGCUGUGGCAAUAAUAACGAUAGCGGUGGCGAUGUCAAGUGGGCAGCAGAUCAGGACGCCAUGCACGGCGUCGAUGAUAACGACGUUCACUCCUUGCCUGAAUUUCGUUACGGGAAGCAGCGGAGGAGCCUCCACUCCCACGGCCGGAUGCUGCGAGUCCUUUAAGGCUCUGAUGGGCAGCGGAAUGGACUGCGCUUGUCUCAUCCUCACCGCCAAUGUCCCUAUCCCUCUCUUCCUCAACCGCACCCUCUCCCUCGGCCUCCCUCGUGCCUGUAACCUGCCUGGUCUCCCCCUUCAGUGUCAAGCCGCUGGAACUCCUCUGCCUGCCCCAGGUCCAGUUCCGUUGUUGCUCUCUCCACCACCUCCCGCUCCGUCUUCUCUCGGUCCAGGAGGAUCCAAGGCAACGGCGACAACACCAGCUCCAGCGCCGACCCUAGCAUUGACACCGGAGGUUCCGGCAGACGGGGCACUUGGUCCGACGGCUAACCCGGGUAUCCGGCCGGUGGUUCAGCCGUCAAUGCCCAGCACGGCUAAUUUCACUUCUCCUCCACUUGCCUCUCUUUUGUUAAUUAUUGCCAUAUUUUCUAUUUUCAAAUUUUACUGAUCUCUUCCUUACGUGUAUAACCAUCGACUCCGGUUUGAUAUUCGAAAAAAUCGACUCUCUUGGCU